UUGUAGAAGCAUACAUGCUCUAAAACGCACUGCUGUAUUAUAAGCAGUCUAUUAUAUUUUGAAGUUGAUUUAGGCUAGUAUAUUUGUACAAAUAAUUAAAAAAGAACGGUAUUAUUUGUCAGACAAAGUAAGAGACAUUCGACUGCGGCACUGCGAUUGUCCCUUGGGUCAGCUGCGCAGGUUUGAGGGGAUGGCAGUUGCAAAGAAAGCUAUGCUUCCAUAAAUGGUAGAAGUAACAAUGUUUGUUGUCGUAAAGUAUUACGAUGGGUGGUUGCAUUGGCACCAGAAACAGUAGACCAUCGUCCGGUAUUGAAUCCACUGAUGAAACUAACUUGCAACAAACUGUUUCUAUAGGAAAGAACCAACCGCUCCGACAUGAAAAACCUCGGUGGAAAAGUGAUGUGCCGCUCAUGGAAGGCCAGCUGCGUAGUAAGCGGGACGAGUUCUGGGACACCGCACCAGCCUUCGAAGGCCGUAAGGAAAUCUGGGAUGCCCUCAAGGCGGCCGCCUAUGCCGCAGAAACCAACGACUUCACUCUCGCGCAAGCCAUCAUUGACGGAGCCAACAUCUCUCUUCCAAACGGGACCCUGCUUGACUGCUAUGAUGAGUUAGGCAACCGGUACCAGCUGCCUGUCUACUGUCUGAGUGCACCAGGCAACCUGGUAGAGGAUGCAAGUGAUGCCGAGUCACCAUCACCAGAGAGCGAGCCAUGUGCGGGUCAUGAGAUACUUCUCAAGUUGCGCCUCUCUACUACAGGAAAGGACACUAAGAUGGCUGUGCGCACAGGUGAGACCAUCCUGGCAGCGAAGCGGCGCUUGGAGGACCUUGAGGGCAUCCCAACCAGCCAGCAACGUUGGUUCUUUGGGGGCAAGCUGCUCUCAGAUCGGACGCGUGUCGAUGAAGCCAAGCUGCAAAUGGGCUUUGUUGUCCAGGUAGCUGUGGCCACUCCAAGUUAGUGCCCCCUCCCCCUGCGACCACUGUGCCCGGGAACCCCUGCAGCACUUGACUGAGAGAGCACAGCACGCGAGCACAUCAGUGCCUGUGGGUGCACUGCCGAGCGUGUGUUGCACCAGCACCUCUGCAGUGCUUGAUGAAGUUCGGUGUGCUUGAGCACCCUUCCUGUGGAGUGGUUUGUACAAGGGCAAAAUCAAGGGACACAAAGCCUUGUUCUCAAGAACAUUUAGUCCAUUUUUAGCUCAAUGCCGUAAGUAGCUUUGAGUAGUUGAAUCAGCUCAUAUUGACCAAAAUUAACCCUGCAUGCCAGCUGCAGCCAUUUUUUGCUGCACUUAAGUCCAGAGGGGUAUGCUGCCCUGGCCUGUGUGCGUGAGGAGUCAAGUGGUGCUCACUGCACUCUAUGCCUAGGCAUACAACCCCAGUGGAAUGAAUGUUGCUUUCAGAAUUACCAGCACCUUUGAUUUACCAUCUCAUGGUUUGGAUUGAGCCUGUUCAAUCUUUCCAAUAACUCCAGUCGGCACUGUAGCAUUUAGUGUUGAAGGUGCAUCAGUGCUAUGGCCUGGACCAGGAAGUGAACAGAGCCUUUUAUUAUUUUAGCUGCUACUUUUUAAGAUUUUACAGCGCAUCUUGUUGUGAAUUGCCUAUUCAGCCUGCUUCAAGCAAAUAUGUAGUCAAGGCAGUUGGAGGAUGUCCAGCAACCAUGUUGUAAGGCUCCUCUCUGCAAGAGCUCUUAAUUGGCUCCUUAUGCCAUGUUGUGUUGUGGCAUAUCUCUGAAAUGAAUCAUUUCUGAUAAUCAUUUUGAGCAUGUCUUAGUGCCCAUGUUGACUAGUGGCACAACUGUGCUUGAAACGUGAUAGAAUUAGUUUAGUUUUACUUCCUAGGCUUAUUGCCAUUCUAAUGCUUUUAAGGAUGCAUUUAUGGAAAGUCAUUUUGUUUGCUGUAUAUAUAUGUAUAUAUCAUAUACAAAUAAUGACAUUUGUAUUUGUGUAUACAAACACAGUCUGCUUUUGAUAUAGACCUUUAUUUGAAGGUGUCUGCCAGACAGAUGUAUAGGAUGACACAAAUUUAUUUCAAGAUUUUAUGCACUUGUACUUUGUGUUCGCUUGUUAAAAGACACAAAUAAAAACAUCCUAUCUUUGCGCAAUGCCUGUCUGGUUGUGUAGGCAGCUUGUAAUCAAUAUGCAGUUAUUACUGUCAAGUGACAGGUUGAAGAAUGUCCCUGCUAGUAUGCUGCAGUCAACUGGCAUCUGUCAAUCAAACUGUAUAAUGUUGUGGCGGUGCGGAGAGUUUGUGGAAUUUUUUCACCUAGUCAAUCUUUUUAACCAGCCUGAUAAUGCAAAAUCCUUUAGAGUAUGUUCAUUAGAUAAAGUGUGUUAGUCUGUGGCGCUUUUUUUUCCCCUCCCCAUAGCAUCAUGUUCUGCCUUAGGGCCCAUGAUAAAUAAGAAUUUAUAAAGAAGCCUUGAGCAUGAGCAUUUGCUGCUCAUUGGUGAUUACAAAGUUAUGUUACUUUAACAAUUGCCACGAUUUCUGGAACAUAAGCGACUAAGAUAUCAGCGUACUUUGAAAAUGUGUAGCAGCACUACUGUCUUCUGCCUGGGCCUUGCUCUUUUGUCGCCUACAAAGGGUUCCUCCUGUGAUCGGCGCUUUAUUAAAGUGGUAAUAGAACAAAAUUUUCAUGGAACCUGUUUUUCAUCACUUUUUUUUUCCCAAUAGAAAGCUUGCCAAUCAUACAGCGAUAAUACAGAUAGUGCUGGGGUACAUAUUUUUUUAUCUGUAUUUUUCUAUUUACUGUGUAGAUGAAGUCAUGUGCUGAGAACUGCGUAUAAUCACUGUGCACUUACUUCACAGACUCUGUGAGGAAGCAGGCAAGGGCAUACCUAGCUGUAAGAACGUAAUAUUUCAUCAUGCCAAUGUUGCUAUACUAGUUUCAUGAAGAAAGCUUCACCUUGAGUUCGAAACCGUGAGUGUGCCACUGAGGACACCACGGCUCGUGAGGGGUUUGCCAUUCCACUUGUUAUCAUUGAGGCAGUGCUGCUUUUCAGUGCAAGGUCUCUUACCUUGUAGGGAAUAUUAACAACCCAACAUCUGACUAUGAAUUUUAAUCUGGCAACAUUCAUACUGCUUUUCUCCAAAGCUUUUCUGCAAAUUGGUGUGACUUCUUUUUUUUUUACUUUUUUUUUCUGACUCAAUUAUGCUCUUUCUAGUAUUUCAAAGAACGUGCUGCAAUGUAAUGGGGGGCCAUUUGCCCCUUCAACAUUUUUUAGUGCUAGGUAUUUGAGCUCUCUGUUCACUACACUAUGUGUAGGAUUUUCUCCAUCCAUUAUAUUGUUUUCUCCCAAAUAACACAGCACUUGUUUUAAACUUGUGUGGUAUUCUGCGAUAUAAGUAUUCAAAAUACUUGUGAAUCAUUUGGGCUCUUAGUUGCCAUCAUCACGACGACCUGUAAAAUUCAUUAUUGGAAGUCUUCGUUGGUUCAUAAGCUUUAGUAUUUAGUCAUGAGAAAAGAAUGGGCUGAAUGAGGUUGGUGGUAAUUGCCAGUUGUACUUUUCUUUUCUUCAGACACUUUUUCUCAGCCUCCGAUCUAUUUCACUUUUAUCGCUUUUGUCGAAUUUAUUUGCCUUAGGCUGUUUGCGAGAAAAACAAAUGCAGUUAAUCUACCAAUUCUUUGAGACAGAAUGGGUUGUAAUAACCAAAACAAUAAAUCUGCCUGGUUCUUUCAGUGCCCACGAGUAGCAUAAAAAGUGCCAGCUUACAUGAACAUUGGAGUGUCACAUUUACAUCUGGUCAUUAUACAAAGUGUUAAAGUGUAGGCUAAAGGCACCAUUUUAAUAUUUUUUUUCCAGAUUUAAAGUGAAUGUCUUGUUUUAGCAGGAUGUGAAUCCCUGUGAACAAAGCAUGCAAUAUUGAAAUGCGAGCACCAAUGCAGGUCUGCUUGUUCCUAGGUGUUCUCAUGUUUUCACUUGCUCCUAUGGUGCACUUGAUCCUCUGUUGAGUGCAAAAUUUGUAAACAAAUAAGUAUGUGAGAUCUCUUAUUGUGCUACACAGCAUGUGUGAAGUCGCACAACUGUGUGACCUCACCUUUGGAGCUCACCAACAUCGACGUGGCUGAUGCAGUUCAGCAGCUGAUCAUGUGUGUUAUGGUUGCAGUGAGCUUGAUGGCUGUGUGGCUUUCAAACAUAUGCACUUCUACAGAUUGUAGUGCUGCUGGCAAUUGAAUUUUCAGCCACCCCUAUCAAUGUCACGUUUGGGUCAGCAACAGCACAUUGGUGAUUGACCCGACUGGCUGUCCCACUUACCUCGCAAGUCAUUUUUCCAUUAUAAUUAUUAUUUUUGUGACAGUCAGAACACUAUGUUAAUACACUCAAACCUCAGUAUAACAAAGUAACACCGUACAAAAAAAAAUAAGUUCAUUGUAUCCAAAAAUUUAUUUUAAGGUUAUUCUUGAUGCUGUACUUAUGGCAAAACUAUUUUACUUUUACUUCGUUAUAACCGAUGUUUCAUUAUAUCGAGGUUUUAGUGUGUAUCCACUGUCGUUUCACGUCUGUUGAGUGGCCACUGACCUUUUUUUUUUCUUGUUUGUGGAUGUGCCUGCCUCAUGAUGAUGAUACUUUUUUUUGUGAGGAACAUCAAAAAAUUUCUACUGACUGGAUGUUGCAGCUUCGCUGUAAAAAAAUAAAAUGUUGGGACUGUAGGUUCAGUGCCAUGACAAUCCGGACUAACUGUGCAUUGUGGGAAGUACACAAAAUAAAUGUUAUUGUUGCAAUAAACAUUUGGCAGUUGGUUUAGGCGGGGUUCAUUCUAGUAGCAUACUAUAUUUGUUUAAGAAAAAAAUGUACCUGCGAAUUAUGGGUGCUAAGAUGUGCAGCCUAGAGGAAACGAGGAAGGUGGUCAAGUGUACCUUAUUUGACCCUUAGCCGACACUCCUGCUCCGACAAUAUUCACAAAUCGCAUUUUUUUGUGUGAAAUUUGAAAAGUAGAACGAAAUUCUAGUGCAGAAACAGUGCUCUUGGCCAAGGCGACCAGCUGUUUUUCAAACUGCUCGUGCAAGAGCUUGUCUGUAUUCAGUGAAAAAAAAAAAGUUUGAAGAGGCACAGAAUUGUACAGAAAGGGCAUGUAGUUUUUGCUGCUUUUAGUUGGCAGUGCAAAUUUCAUCUUAUAACAGUUGAAAGACCAGGACUUGUUGAGGGAAGGGUGCUUGAUGAUAGUCAAUGAGUUUUAAAAAUAUCAAGUGAUGCGUGUGCAGUGAGACAUUGUCGUGCAGUGGUGAACUUGUCAGCACGUGUUGAGAACUUCGAUUCUGAAGGAUGUAAGUCAGCAUGUGCGUGAUAAAGUGUUUGCAUGGAUGCAGCUUUGUAGCCUGCUUAUGUUGAAUAUAUGCAUUGUGCCUGUAGUGGGCAUGGACGGGUGGGUUGGUCUUGUGCUGUCAUGCUACAGAGUGCUAGUACACUCUGCUCUUGUUAAGGGAAUUGAUUUUUCUUCAGGCUAUUUAAAACUCUGUGUAGAAGAUGCUUUGAAUUGUAUUUAGGCUACAGCAAGAAUACUUCUUUUCGAACAUUUUCAAGAUAUUAAAAUGCAUUGAAAACUGGU